CUCGGGGGUUUCCUCCGGGUACUCCGGUUUCAUCCCCCGGUCCAAAGACAUGCAUGAUGGCUUGUUUAAUCAGUACAUCAGCCAACAGGAGUACAAGCCACGCUGGAGUCAGAUCAUCCCUAAAUGCACCAAAGGUGAUGGGGAUGACAGCAGGCCCGGGGUGAGAGGUGGUCAUCUGAUGGUGAUAGAUGUGCAGACUGAAUGGUCCAAGUGCACGCUCGUGCCAUAAGAUGUGCAUCGACUCUCAGAGAAGGCAGAUCGACACGCUAGGACGCUAUUUAGACUCCUCUGUCCGAAACAGCAAGUGUCUGAAAAGUGACAUUGAUGCUAACACGUGGACACUGCUCAGCGAGGACACGUCUGCAGAUGGAGGCCCAAAACUUGUGUUCGACCACCAGAUGUGCAUGGACUCGGAGAAGCACAUGAUCUACACGUUUGGCGGUCGGAUUUUGACGUGUAAUGGCAGUGUUGACGACGGACGCACCUCAGAGCCACAGUUCAGCGGUCUGUAUGCUUACCAGUGCCAAGCAGGAACCUGGAGCCUUCUGAGGGACGACUCAUGCAACGCCGGCCCUGAGGAUGUGCAGUCUCGCAUUGGACACUGCAUGUUAUUUCACACGCUUGGUGUUACCUUGCCAUCCACCAUGAUGAAUCUCUGUGAGGACCCUGAGGUACUUGUUGGAGCCUCCUCUGUUAGUCGUUGCCAGAGGUUUAUGAUACUUAGUAUCAUGGGAAUCUUUCUUUCUUUCUUUUUUUUCUUUCUUUCUUUCUUUCUUUCUGUACAUUUUAACUUUUAUAUUUUUACAUUAUUUAAAUAUUAUUUUUGUAAAUACUUUUUUUACAGACUCCCAAUCAGUUUCAUACUUAAACCAUUUAUUUUAGAGAUAUAUAAAUGUCAAAUAUUUUUUAAAUAUUUUUAUAAGCUAGAAUUGAUGAUUAUGAGUUUUUUAUUUUCAUCAUUUUAAGUUUA